CGGGGGGGGCUCCCACGCGCGGCCGCGGGGCGCCGCGGGCCCGGCCAUCCCCGGCGGGAGCAGCCCGCCCCGCGCCCGGGCUGGGCAGCAGUGCGGAGCCAUGGAAACGGCGCCGGGGCCCGCGGGCCGGCCCCCCCGCGCCCCCCGCCAGCGGCCCCCGCCCCCCCCGCGCCCAGGUGCUGGGGCCCUGCAGAGAGCUGAGCAGCAGCCUGCUGAGGAGGGGCCGGUGAUCCUGGAGCUGCAGAGGACGUGCGCAGGGAGCCUGGAGGAGAGGAGCUCCCUGACCCCUGAGCCAGGCCAAGUGCAGAAGGGGCAGGGCAGACCUCCAAAUCAGGAGGAGAGCUCGGAGCUCCGGGAGGUGUUCGAGGACGUGGCGGUGUAUUUCACACGGAAGGAGUGGGAGCUGCUGGACGAUGAAGACAAGGUGCUUUACCAGGACCAGAUGCUGAAGAAUUACCAAGCCCUCGUUUCCCUGGGAUAUCGAGGUCCCACACCUGACUUAAUCUGCAGCAUCCAGCGAGGACAGGUGGAGCUCUGGGUCUGUGAUGAUGAGGACCGUGGGGAAAUCUCAAGAUGGGAGGACCUGCUGCCAGGAGGUGCCUGCCUGCUGAGCAGAGCUGAGGAGCAGCCUCCUGUGGAAGGGUCUGUAGACCUGGAGCCAGCACAGACAUCCCCAAGGAGUUUGGUUGAGAAGGACUUCCUGAGACCUGAGAAGGAGCCAUGGCACGAGAGUCAGGGGAGGCCCCAAAAGCAGAAGGAGAAUGUAGCGAUGAACCAGGACCGGUGCAUCCCCCGAGGGAGGAAGACACACCACUGCACUGAGUGCAGGAAGGACUUCAUCUGCUUGCAAGACCUGUCCCAGCAUGAGUGUGUGCGGCACCACUGCACCAAGUGUGGGAAGAGAUUCAGGCAGCUAUUCAACCUGGCGAGUCACCAGUGCAUGCACACAAGAGAGAAGCCACUUCAGUGCUCAGAGUGUGGGAAGAGCUUCACUUACUUCUCCCAGCUGGCUCGGCACCAGCGUAUCCACACAGGGGAGAAGCCCCAUCAGUGCUUGGAGUGUGGGAAGAGCUUUGCUAACUCCUCAGGCCUGGCUCAGCACCACCGAAUCCACACGGGGGAGAAGCCAUAUCACUGCUCAGAGUGCGGGAAGAGCUUCACUUACUCCUCCAGCCUGGCUCAACACCAGCGAAUACACACAGGGGAAAAGCCACAUCAGUGCUCAAAGUGUGGAAAGAGCUUCACACUCUCCUCCAGCCUGGCUCAACACCAGCGUAUCCACACAGGGGAGAAGCCACAUCAAUGUUUGCAGUGUGGGAAGACAUUCAGUCAGUCCUCUAGUCUGGCUCAGCACCAGCGUAUCCACACAGGGGAGAAGCCACAUCACUGCUCGGAGUGUGGGAAGAGCUUCACUUACUACUUCAACCUGGCUCAACACCAGCGAAUCCACACCGGGGAGAAGCCACAUCAGUGCUCAAAGUGUGGAAAGAGCUUCACUCAGUCCUCCCACCUGGCCCAGCAUCAGCGUAUCCACACAGGGGAGAAGCCCCAUCAGUGCUCAAAGUGUGGAAAGAGCUUCACUCAGUCCUGCAGCCUAGCGAGGCACCAGCGUAUCCACACAGGGGAGAAGCCACAUCAGUGCUCGGAGCGUGGAAAGAGCUUUGCAAACUCCCGCAGCCUAGAUCAGCACCAGCGAAUCCACACGCAGAAGCUGCAUCAGUGCUCAGAGUGUGGGAAGAACUUCACUCAGUCCUACAGCCUAGCCCGGCACCAGCGAAUCCACACAGGGCAGAAGCCACAUCAGUGCUCAGAGUGUGGGAAGAGCUUCUCUCAGUCCUCCAGCCUGGCCCAGCACCAGCGUAUCCACACAGGGGAGAAGCCCCAUCAGUGCUCAGAGUGUGGGAAGAGUUUCACUCAGUCCUCCACCUUGGCUCAGCACCAGCUUGUCCACACAGGGGAGAAGCCACAUCAGUGCUCAGUAUGUGCCAAGAGCUUCACUUACUCCUUCAACCUGGCUCAGCACCAGCGUAUCCACACAGGGGAGAAGCCAUAUCAGUGCUCAGAGUGUGGGAAGAGCUUCACUCACUCCUCCAGCCGGACUCAUCACCAACUUAUCCACAUGAGGCAAAAGCCAUAUCUGUGCUCCAAAUUUGGGAAGAGCUUGACCGUAUCUUCCGCCUUGGUCCACCACCAGCAGAUACACACAGGAGAGAAGCCACAUCACUGCUCAGAGUGUGGGAAGAGCUUCACCCAGUCCUCCCACCUGUCCCGACACCAGCUCAUCCACACAGGGAAGAAACCACAUCUAUGCUCGGAGUGCGGGAAGUGCUUUCUCCACUCCUUCCAACUGCUCUCCGACCUUGCAAGGCACCUGUGCAUGCACACAAGGGAGAAGCCACAUCAGUGCUCAGAGUGUGGGAAGAGCUUCACUUACUCCUCCCACCUGGCUCAGCACCAGCGUAGCCACACAGGGGAGAAGCCAUUUCACUGCUCAGAAUGUGGAAGGAGCUUCACUUACUCCUCCAGCCUGGGUCAGCACCAGCGAAUCCACGCAGGGGAGAAACCCCAUCAGUGCUCAGAGUGUGGGAAGAGCUUUGUUCACUCCUUUAGGCUGGCUGAGCACCAGCGUAUCCACAUGGGGGAGAAGCCGUAUCAGUGCUCAGAGUGUGGGAAGAGCUUUCCUAACUCCUUUAGGCUGGCUCAGCACCAGCGUAUCCACACAGGGGAGAAGCCAUAUCAGUGCUCAGAGUGUGGGAAGAGCUUCAAUCACUCCUCCAACCUGGCUCAGCACCAGCGUAUCCACACAGGGGAGAAGCCACAUCAGUGCUCAGAGUGUGGGAAGUGCUUCAUUAACUCAUCCAUGCUGGUUCGUCACCAGCGUAUCCACACGGGGGAGAAGCCACAUCACUGCCUGGAGUGUGGGAAGAGCUUCAGUCACUCCUCCACCCUGACUCUGCACCAGCGUAUCCACACAGGGGAGAAGCCACAUCAGUGCUCAGAGUGUGGGAAGAGCUUCACUCAGUCCUCCAAGCUGGCUCAGCAUCAGCGUAUCCACACAGGGGAGAAGCCACAUCAGUGCUUGGAGUGUGGGAAGUGCUUCACUCACUCCUCCAACCUGGCUCAGCACCAGCGUAUCCACACAGGGGAGAAGCCACAUCAGUGCUCAGAGUGUGGGAAGAACUUCACUCAGUCCUACGGCCUGGCCUAUCACCAGCGUAUCCAUACAGGUGAGAAGCCAUAUCAGUGUUUAGAGUGCGGAAAGAGCUUCAUUCUGUCGUCCACCCUGACUCUGCACCAGCGUAUCCACACAGGGGAGAAGCCCCAUCAGUGCUCAGAGUGUGGGAAGAGCUUCACUUACUCCUCCGGCCUGGCUCAGCACCAGCGUAUCCACACGGGGGAGAAGCCAUAUCAGUGCUCAGUGUGUGGGAAAAGCUUCACUUACCCCUCUGGCCUGGCUCACCACCAACGUCUCCACACAGGGGAGAAGCCAUAUCAGUGCUUAGAGUGUGGGAAGAGCUUCAUUCAGUCCUCCACCCUGGCUGAACACCAGCAUAUCCACACAGGGGAGAAGCCCCAUCAUUGCUCAGUGUGUGGGAAGCGCUUCACUUACUCCUCCAGCCUGGCUCAGCACCAGCAUAUCCACACAGGGGAGAAGACACAUCAGUGCUCAGUGUGUGGGAAGCGCUUCACUUACUCCUCCAAACUGGCUGAGCACCAGCGUAUCCACACGGGGGAGAAGCCACAUCAGUGCUCAGAGUGUGGGAAGAGCUUCGCUCACUCCUCCACCCUGGCUCAUCACCAGCGUAUCCACACGGGAGAGAAGCCACAUCAGUGCUCAGAGUGUGGGAAGAGCUUCACUCACUCCUCCCACCUUGCUCAGCACCAGCGUAUCCACACAGGGGAGAAGCCGUAUCAGUGCUCAGAGUGUGGGAAGAGCUUCACCCAGUCCUCCCACCUGUCCCGACACCAGCUCAUCCACACAGAGUAGAAACCAUAUCCAUGCUCGGAGUGCAGGAAGUGCUUCCUCCACUCCUUGGAACUGGUUCAGCACCAGUGCAUCCCUAUCCAGGGGUGUCCAUAAUUCUGGCAGCAAUACAGGAAGGGUCUGGGGAUGUAUACCUGCUCAGCACUCAACAGUGUUUGCAUCCAAGGAAGCAGUCUCAUGCUGGUGGACUACAGCAACAGUUCACCCUUAAUUCAGCCCUUCUAGGCCAGCAGAAUAACCGAACGGACAGAGAGGCUGGCCUCCCAGACUUGAUGCAGGUGAAGGGUUAUAAGGAAACACCUCAGGCAGAGGCCAGCCUGGAUCCUGGGGGAUCUGUGAGAUGAUCCUUGCAUCAGCCUUGGAGCCUGUGCCAUCCCCAUCAUUUUCUAAAACAGCCAGUGCUCCCAGAGGGAGAAGAAGCGUCUUCACCAUAGGUGCCUUCCCCAAGACAGCUGGCUCCGUAUGACACCCAGGGACUGUGUUUGGCAGACUCCCACUCUGACGUCCCUGCUGGCCCCAGGGUUCUUGUGCUGAGGCUGUAGAGUUGCAGGAAGGAGAACAUAUAUUCCUGGGGAAGGAUUCCCUGCUUUCCACUGUGACCAAACCUUUGCUCCCCACCGCAUCACCCUUCUCCCAGGCCUGCACGUGGCCAUCGUGGUCUGCAAGAAACUACUACUGCCACCCCGUGGGCCCAGUUUUGCAGGUUUUGCUGCUCAGCCCCUUAUCAGAACUUAGUACCACCAGGUGCCAGCUGCACCCCUGCCCUCCUUUCCACCAUGAUAUUCUCUGUAGCAGGUUCCUUGGUUAUCAAGCCCCACAACUGAAGAUGAUACCCCUGUGGCUGGUCUCUGUCAUCUCAAGAGCUGUGAAAUGCAAUUGUAGAUGUAAAGGAGAUGCAGCCUGUGACAUGUCCUGGCUCUUCUGUGGAAGGGUAGGGAAAGAAUGAAGGGAUCCUCUGGGUGAAAUGCAUCAAGUUUUAAUCUCCCUUUGGGCAUAUUGAGGCUUUCCUCCUUGUGCAAAAGCCAUUUUGCUCCAUGGGUGUCCUGUAAGAGCCACUCCAAGAGGUUAAUAACCCAUCCUGCAGAAAAGGGCCUGGGGGUUAAAGUGGACAGUAAGGUGACUAUGAGCCAGCAGUGUACCCUUGUUGCCAAAAAGGCACUUCAAGAGGGAUGCGGGUUCAGAGGAGGGUCACUCGUAUGAUUAGUGGCCUUUGUACAAGACCCUACGAAGGGAGGUUGAGGGAUCUGGGUCUCUUCAGCCUUCACAAGAGACAGCUGAGGGAUGACCUUGUAGCCACCUGUAACUUUAUCAAGGGACGACAACAGAGAAUUGGAGAUGCACUAUUUACCAGAGCACUCCUAGGAGUAGCUAGGAAUAAUGGAUACAAACUAGUGGAGAGUAGAUUCAGGUUAGACAUUAGGAAGACAUUUUUCACAGUAAGGGUGGUCAGAAUCUGGAAUGGGUUGCCAAGGGAGGUGGUGCUGUCACCUAACUUGGAGGUCUUCAAGAGGAGGCUUGAUAGGCACCUGGCUGGGGUCAUCUGACCUCGGUCCUCUUUCCUGCCUGGGGCAGGGGGUCUGACACAAUGAUCCUUCGUGGUCCCUCCCAACUCUACAGUCUGUGAAUCUAAGGCUAAUGGCAUACUGGGAUGCAUUGGUAGGAGUGUUGCUAGUAGGUCACACACACUACCCCUGUGCCUGCAUGCAUGCGUGCACACAUACACACACACACUGCCCCUGGGCCUGCCGACUCAUGCACGCGCACACACACACACCCCUACCAGGGUGGUCCCAUGCUCUGUGGUUGGGGGAUGCAUCUAGGAGCCACAUGGUGCUGGAGCAGGAAAGCAGGGAACUGGCUGGGGGUGGGCAGGGCUGGGCUGCUCAAGCCUGUAAACCUGCUGAGGGCUCCCUCUGGGUCCUACUGCCCCUGACUCUGGCCAGUCUUGACAGGUAGCCAGGGGGAAUAAAUACUAAUUUACUACAUUUUUUUAGGGGCUCUGCGGGCUGGAUAAAAUGGCCUGGCAGGCCGCAUCCAGCCCGUGGCUGUAUUUUACUUGCCCUUGUAUUAUGUAAUAUAAAAUAAGAAAAGGACACCCAGUGGCAGCUGGCAACUCUAGAUUUCUCUUACUGCAGUUUUCUGUACCGUAAACUUGGGUGAUGGAUUCUAAACCUAGUUAACUAAUUAAACAAGCCAUAAGGAUUAGCUAAGCUAAACUUUUUUUCUAGCAACAUCGGACAUAGCAAACAGCUAGGGAAUUUACUUGUUAAAUCACACUUAUAUUAAAGGCAUAGAGAGAGUCUUGAAGAACGAUGCAUUGCAAAGUGAGUUAUUUAAUUUACUAACCAGUUGCUCCACAUUGUUCUUCGGACAUAUCCACAUCUCCAUCCACUUCGUUUUCUCCCAAUAAGCAGUAUUCAUUAAGAUGUUUCCUUCUUGCAGCUGGACCCUGCAUCUCCUUCUUGCACAUGACAGAUUUUCCUUUUUUACCCAGGGAAGGAAUUUCUUCAAAAUAUUCCCAGAUGGGGUCUCUCUUAUGCCCAGAAGCCAUGACAGUUUUUCUGUGGCAAAAGUGUGGGGGAAUAUAGGAAGCUGUGUGUGUACUACUGAAUAAUGUCUCCCCUUUUUCAGUCCACUCCACUGCUCUUUUCUGCUGUGCCUCCCUCCUUUCCUAUACUGUCUCUCUGUCUUUAAGACAGUGUCUUAACUAACUCUUCUGCCUUGCUUGGCCCAGCUCCACCACCACAUAAGCACAGAACAACUAUCCUAUCCAGCCUGGGUCUUUGCACGUGUGAAUUCAGUCCGCUGAGAAACAGAAACUGAAAGCCCACAACUUUCAAGAAGCAAGAGCUGGUCGUUAGGCUGGACAGACAGAUUGAGCCAUUUUGAGCAUGUUUGUGAUGAGAUUUAAUUGUAACAUUUUUUAAAUGAGAGAGAAAUUGAUUUUAUUGAUGAUUUUUUUAAAAUAUGACAAAAAAUAAUUGAUUUUUAUGUACCUUGCAAUUGGGGGAGGUCCUGCAUGAUUGGGCAAGGGCAAAUCUAGUGCCCAUCCUUAAGAAAAAGAGGAGGAUCCAGGGAACUACAGACCAGUCAGCCUCACCUCAGUCCCUGGAAAAAUCAUGGAGCAGGUCUUCAAGGAAUCAAUUGUGAAGAACUUGCAGGAUAAGAAUGUGAUUAGGAACAGUCAGCGUGGAUUCACCAAGCGCAAGUCAUGCCGGACCAAUGAAUGUGCGGAGGGGCCUGAGGGAACUGGGUGUAUAUAGCCUGGAGAAAGAAGACUUGGGUGGGGGGGAUUUGAUAGCAGCCUUUAGUUACCAUAAGGGUCAUUCCAAAGACUCAGGUUGUCAGGCUGGACAGGACCUUGGAAGAUCAUCGGGUCCAGCCCUUCCACCAAGCAGGAAAGACACCUGGGGGUUAAGUGACCCCCAACAAGGUGACCAUCCAGUCUCCUUGAAGAUUUCCAGGGUCGGCGAUUGCACCACCUCUGGAGGGAGCCUAUUCCACAGUGUGGAUGCCCUGAGUGAAGAAGUUUUUCCUAACGUUGAGCCUGAAAUGGUCUUCCAGGAGUCUGUGGCCGUUACUCCUGGUUUCCCCCAAGGGUGCUCUGGUGAACAGUUAUUCACCGAGCCCUUGAUGUAGCACCGAGCUGCUACCAAGUCCCCUCUCAGCCUUCCCUUUUUCAGGCUGAAGAGUCCCAGGUCCCUCAGCCAUUCCUCAUUUUGAGCUAUUAUGGAAUCACUUCAGAGAGGAUCCAGGGAUCUACGGACAGAUCAGGCUGACCUCAAUCCCAGGAAAAAUCCCUGAAAAAUGUCUCAAGGAGCCCAUAUGUGAUAAGCUAAUAGGAGGCAAGGUUCUGCAUGACAGCCAGGACAGUUUUCUCACGGGUAGGUCAUGCCUGACUAACCUCAUCUCCCUCUACACCCAGGUUACUCACCACCUGGAUAAGGGAGAGGAGGUCGACAUUGUUUACUUGGGGUGCACACCUUGCGAGUGCCGAUGCAGCCCCCGACUGGCCACGCUUGCCGCUUAGGUGACAGGCAGGAGCGCUGGUGCCCCUCCUGCAAGCGCGGGGCAGGCAGUGGCACACCAUAGCGCUCCCAGAAGUGGCCACAGCUGUCUUGCAAUUAAGCAUCUCAUGAUUGGUUGAAGGGGGGACCCCCCCCAGUUGGUGCGAUCAGCCAAGGGGGGACCCCUUGCUCAGCAGGAUUGGCUGUGGGGGGAACUCUUCAGUUGCUGGGGGGGAACUUGUCCCCCCCCAACUAAGGCAGCACCAUAGCCACAGGUGGAGUGCUGCGUCCAGUUCUGGGUGCCACACUUCAAGGAGGAUGUGGAGAAGCUUGAGAACGUCCAUAGAAGAGCCACUCCUAUGAUUAGAGACCGGAAGAGCAAGCCAUAGGAGGAAAGGUUGACAGAAAUGGAGCUGUUCAUCCUACAAAAGAGACGACUUCAGGGGGAUUUGGUGGCAGCUUACAAAUACAUCGGGGAGAGCAUCAGGGGCUAGGCGAACAACUGUUCACCAAAGUGCCCCAGGGGAAAACCAGGAACAACGGUCAUAAACUCCUAGAAGCAGGUUUCAGACCAGAUAUCGGGAAAAACUUUACAGUUGUGUGAGCAGACCCCCAGCACCGGUGGUGCGGAAACCUACCUGGGGCUCUUCAAAAGGAGACUGGACGCACACCUGUCUGGGAUUAUUUGACCCCAGCAGACUUUCCUGCCUAGAGUAGGGCUGGACCCAGUGAUCUCAUGAGGUCCCUUCCAGCCCUAAACUUCUGUGAAUUUAUAUAUAUACCUCAAAGGUACACAAAGCAGGACAAAAAUUAAAAAAUACUAUUAUGA